AAAAAAUAGUCAAAAGUUUCUCUCUCUCUCUCUCUCUCUCUCUCAGUAUCAUCACACAGUCAAUGAACCUUCUUCCGCCAUAGAAAGCUCUCUCUGUCUCUCUCUUACUCUCCCUCUCCUCCUAACCCUAGAAGACCACCGAACUAGAUCCACCUUUUUUUUUUAUCAUCAUGAAGAAGAAGAUCUUCAUUACACUUCUCUUCAUCACCUCCUUCCUCUGUUCAUCUUCUUCAGCAGAAGACGACGUUCUCUGUCUCCAAGGUUUGAAAGACUCCCUCAAAGAUCCUUCUUCUCGACUCACCUCAUGGUCUUUCCCAAACUCUUCAGCUUCUUCGAUUUGUAAACUCACCGGUGUCUCCUGCUGGAACGAGAAAGAGAAUCGUAUCAUCUCACUCCAACUCCAAUCAAUGCAGCUCGCCGGCGAGAUUCCUGAGUCUCUUAAGCUUUGUCGUAGUUUGCAAUCCCUAGAUCUCUCCGGAAACGAUCUCUCCGGUUCGAUUCCUUCUCAAAUCUGUUCUUGGCUUCCUUAUCUCGUUACCUUAGAUCUAUCUGGUAACAAACUUGGUGGAUCGAUUCCUACUCAGAUCGUUGAGUGUAAGUUCUUAAACGCUUUGGUUUUGAGUGAUAAUAAGCUUUCUGGUUCGAUUCCUUCUCAGCUGAGUCGGUUAGAUCGGCUUAGACGUCUUUCAUUAGCUGGUAACGAUCUCUCCGGUUCGAUUCCUUCUGAGCUUUCGAGGUUUGGAGAAGAUGAUUUUAGUGGGAAUAAUGGACUUUGUGGGAAGCCUUUGUCAAAGUGUGGUGCGUUGAAUGGGAGGAACUUGAGUAUUAUCAUAGUGGCUGGUGUGAUUGGUGCUGUUGGAUCUUUGUGUGUUGGUUUAGUGAUAUUUUGGUGGUUCUUUAUUAGAGAAGGUAGUAGUAGGAAGAAGAGAGGUUAUGGUGCUGGGAAAUCUAAAGAUGAUAGUGAUUGGAUUGGUUUGUUGAGGUCACAUAAGCUUGUUCAGGUUACUUUGUUUCAGAAACCUAUUGUGAAGAUCAAAUUGGGUGAUUUAAUGGCUGCUACUAACAACUUUAGUUCUGGGAAUAUCGAUGUUUCGUCGAGAACUGGUGUUUCGUUUAAAGCUGAUUUACCUGAUGGGUCUGCACUUGCGGUGAAGAGGCUUAGCGCUUGUGGGUUUGGUGAGAAACAGUUUAGGUCGGAGAUGAGUAAGUUAGGUGAGAUUAGACAUCCUAAUUUGGUGCCGCUUUUAGGUUAUUGUGUUGUGGAAGAUGAGAGAUUGUUGGUGUAUAAGCAUAUGUCUAAUGGCACGUUGUUCUCUCAGUUGCAUAAUGGUGGAUUGUGUGAUGCUAUUUUGGAUUGGCCGACUCGGCUUAAUAUUGGUGUGGGAGCUGCUAAAGGGUUAGCUUGGCUGCAUCAUGGAUGCCAACCGCCGUAUUUGCAUCAGUUUAUUAGUUCCAAUGUUAUACUUCUUGAUGAUGAUUUUGACGCUCGGAUUACUGAUUACGGAUUGGCUAGGCUGGUUGGAUCUCGUGAUUCUAACGAUAGCUCGUUUAAUAAUGGAGAUUUGGGGGAGUUAGGUUAUGUGGCGCCUGAGUAUUCAAGUACCAUGGUUGCAUCUUUGAAAGGAGAUGUUUAUGGGUUUGGGAUUGUGCUUCUUGAAUUGGUUACAGGGCAAAAGCCUCUGUCUGUUAUUAAUGGUGUGGAAGGGUUUAAAGGGAGUUUGGUUGAUUGGGUGAGUCAGUAUUUGGGUACGGGUAGAAGCAAAGACGCUAUCGAUAGAAGCAUAUGUGGUAAAGGACAUGAUGAAGAGAUAUUGCAGUUCUUGAAAAUCGCAUGUAGCUGUGUUGUGUCAAGGCCUAAGGAAAGGCCAACGAUGAUUCAGGUGUAUGAAUCGUUGAAGAGCAUGGCAGAUAAACACGGUGUUUCUGAGCAUUAUGAUGAAUUUCCACUGGUCUUCAACAAACAAGAAGCUUGAGUAUCUUACCAGAAACUGGAAGUAGUCUUUUUUUUUUUUGGCAGCUUAAGCGCUAAAAAGGUAUGAGAAAUCUACUUUGUAUCAAAAGCUUUUUUUUUUUUUUUUUUACUUUAUAUCUCAUUCUUUGUUCCUUCCCUACUGUUCUUAGUUUUAACAGUGUCAGUACUCUUGUUUGUCUUGUAUCCCCCUACCGUAUAAUUGUGUACAUUCUCGUCGGGUCAUCAAUGUACUCUUUGGAAUGUAACCUCUUCUGAUGAAAUGAGAAGUCUUCUGUCUUAUUUCAUAA